AUGGCCGACGUCGAGGAGCCCAAGUUCAAUAGCCUGGCCGAAAGAAUCGCCGCCUUGAACCAGCAAAAGAACUUCAAAGCCCCAGAGGUCAAGCCAAAGCGACCCCCGCCCCCGCCCCCGCCGACGAAUCGUCCCGUUCCGCGAAGCCAGACCCUUCCUGUCGCCCAGACGAACGGCCUUCCUACGCCUCAAAUCAGUCCCACGAUCCCUCCCCGGCCGGUCAAGACCACGCCGGCAAAGCCCAGUCCGCCGCCGCUGCCUCGACGAACAACCGACUCCUCUCAAGUCGACACGUCACCUCCCAGGGACCGCAUUGCCCCUCCACCUCUGCCCACUCGCACCUCGACCCAGCACAUCUCACCAGCGUUGCCCCCUCGGAGGCCUUCCACCCAGCAAUUGGCGGUGCGCCGUAGCUCGAAUGCUUCCGAAAUCUCAAACUUGUCGUCCCUCUCAUUGAACCACACUGUGUCGUCCGCUACCAGCAUCCAUUCCAUCGACGGCCCCACGCGCAAGCUCCCACCCACCUUGGAUCAAGCAAACCUGCCCCCGCUGCCACCAACGAAGAGAGAACGGGAAGCGCAAGCGAAGGACGCCGCUGCUCAACAGACACAACCGCACAAACAUGCCCUCGUGUCGGUCAAGUCUUCGCCAGCCAUUCGACAAAUUGAGCCCCCUCACAGGCCGGUGCUACCCCCGCGAUUGACCUCGAGGUCGACCAGUCAGCAAGUUCAUGAGCCAACUCUGCAGGAAGAAGCGCCAGCGAAGCCGAGACGGUUACCCCCGCCGCCGACGUCGUACGUCAAGUCACAGCCGCAUGCAAUUGGCUACACGGGCCAGGAACAGCAAGCAAACGACCGACCACCUUUGCCAGGAAGGCGGCCAGGCACUGACGAUGACGCUCCUCCUCCCGUCCCCCUCAGUUCCCGCCCUAGCGUUUCACAGAUCGAGGCCGUCUCCGCCAAAGCCGUUGCCCGUGCAAAUGACUGUCUGAUCUGCCGCGACUUUUCUGGCCCGGAUGGCGUUGCUGCUCAACAUCCUAGACAGUCACUCCCCAGAAACGACCCUGUAGGAUACUUGGCCCAGGUUCUAUGCGGACCAUUCGCAUCUCACACAGACAAGGCGCGAGCCAUUUUCACCUGGUUUCAUCACAACAUCGCCUAUGAUUGCGCCGCCUUCUUCGGCAAUAACAUUAGGGGUCGCUCCGGAGCCGAUACCAUUUUCAUGGGGAAGGCCGUCUGCUCGGGCUAUGCAGACACGUACAAGGAGAUCGCCCUCCGCGCAGGCCUGGAGUGCAUCACGGUCACUGGACACGGCAAGGGCUAUGGGUACACCCCUCUGGAAAAGGGGGAGCGUCCGCCGCCGAAGAAAGCCGACGGACACGCUUGGAACGCGGUGCGCAUCGACGGCGGCGAAUGGAAGCUCCUCGAUGCCUGUUGGGGCGCCGGUAACGUGUCGGACGUGACCAAGGAUUACACGCCCGACUUCAAGCCACACGAGUUUACCCGGAGGAACGAUAUUUUCGGACUCUCUCACUACCCAUCGGAUGACAGGCACUUCUUCCGACCCGAUGGCCGAGUGCCGUCCUGGGAGGAAUACUACAUCGGUCCGGUCCACGGCGACAAGCCCACCGUCUACUCCCAUGCGUACGAGGAGGGCGUUUGGGACCACACGAUCAGCCCCAAGGAGCUCCAGAUCCCAGUUUACAGCGGCCAGGUUGUACGUUUCCAAUGGUCCAACAAAUGCGAGCACUGGACGUCAGAGAGGCACGGCAAAGGAAAGCCCCCGCUGCUUCUGCUCAGCAUCAAGGGGCGAGACGGCCGCAAGGAGGACAUGGUCCCCGUCGAGACGGACGGCUUCUGGCAUUGGGCCGACGUGAACGCAAUCGACCUGGGCGCCCCGGGUCAGAGCGUCACCGUGGCUAUGAUCACAACGAUAGACGGCCAAGACGCGAGAGGCGUGACUGCCAAGGAAUACUUUGCGAAGAAGGGUAGGUGUAGCAUGAGCUGGACGUACCUCAUGAAAUGGGAGCUCAUCUGA